AUUCAGAUCAAGGCAUCAGUACGGGAUCCCUCCUCCUACAAGUAAUUACUAACCUAGGAAGUCAGCAAUUCCAAAUUCGUCAAGGAACAUGAAGGUCUUAGCAAUUUUAGCCCUCGUGGCGACAGCCGUAGUUGGCUCCAGCCUUCGAGAAACACUAGAAACUGGACCAGCUUGUCCCCCCGCCGACCCCCUGAAUGCCCCAGCCGGUCCACUUAACGUUACCCUCGACCCCAUUUUGAAGAUCGAUCAGGGGAGCACCAGAGGCGAUCUUCUCGCCACUGGCCUCUCAGGAUUGUCGUACGAUUACACCAUCAUUAUCAUCACGUUGACCCUUAACUUCCACCUGACCUUGCCCUCGGCCCAUAUCACGACCGACUUUGUCGUCACGGGAUACCUGGAUGCUCGACCAUUCUCCUCGGGAUGCAUCCCAUCCGGAAAUUUCACUGGCAGUGGAGCCUCCACCGUUCACGCCAGCGCAUUGGACGUCAACAUCCGCGCUGUCCUCUUCGCCAACUUGAUCACCAACAAGCUGUCGAUUCGAACCUUGGAAAUUAGAAACAUCUCCUUCGGCUCUGACAUUAUGCUCUCCUUCGGCCCUGACCUUCUCAUCGGAGGAAGUCCAGUCGACUGGGAUGCAGUGUCUGCCGGACUCAAGACCUGUUUCGAUGCCGAAUUUGCCGCCAACAAGGCCGCCAUCACGGAGAAGAUUCGACUAGCUGGAAAUGUCGUGAUUGGAAAGUAUACCAUUGAUGAGCUUUUGGAGUUGAUUGGAGGAGGCGGCGGCACAUGUCCACCACCACUCGAAUAAUUAUACGUUAAGGAUUUGAUUUGACAAAAUAUUUAUUUAUAGUAAUGUGAAAAUGUUUAAUUUCAAUAACACUUUAAAUUCUCCAGAAUUCUUUAAUCACUAUUAAAUCGAAUCAGGGCAAAAUUUAAAAAA